AUGGCGGCCAAAGAUAUUAUAAAUGAGUUUCAAGAACUCACCAGGCAAGCCCUUCCCAAGAUGUACUAUGACUUCUAUGCAGGGGGAGCUGAAGACCAGCACACGCUCAGAGAAAACGUGAAAGCAUUUCAUAAUAUCAUUAUCCGUCCUAGAAUUUUGACGGGUAUAAGAAGAAUCGAUAUGUCCACAACAGUUAUGGGAUAUAAGACCUCGGCACCAAUCAUUGUUGCCCCAACAGCCAUGCACAAAUUGGCUCAUCCUGAAGGGGAAGUCGCAACAGCCAGAGCCUCGGCCUCCUCAAAUGUCAUAAUGGUGUUAUCCUAUAAUUCAACUUGCACAAUCGAAGAAGUUGCUUCAAGCUGCAAUGCAGUUCGGUUCUUCCAGUUAUACGUGUACAGAAGGCGUGAUAUAUCAGCUCUAAUGGUGCAAAGGGCUGAAAGGAAUGGAUUUAAGGCUAUAAUGCUUACUGUUGAUACUCCAAGGCUUGGACGAAGAGAGGCUGACAUUAAAAACAAGAUGAUUGCUCCUCAGCUGAAGAAUUUUGAAGGGCUCAUUUCAACUGAAGUCGUCACUGAUAAGGGCUCUGGCAUUGAAGCCUUAGCAUCUAAGAUGUUGGAUGAUUCAUUAUGUUGGAAGGUCAUAGGAUGGUUGAAAUCCAUUACAAAUUUGCCGAUAUUGGUUAAGGGGAUUCUUACACAAGAAGAUGCGAUAAAAGCCUUGAAAGCAGGUGUUGAUGGUAUUGUUGUUUCGAAUCAUGGAGCUCGUCAGCUAGACUAUACUCCGGCCACAAUAACUGUUCUAGAAGAGGUGGUGCUUGCAGUGAAAGGAAAGAUUCCGGUUAUUUGCGAUGGAGGGGUGAGAUGCGGUUCAGAUAUAUUCAAGGCAUUGGCUCUUGGUGCACAAGCUGUUAUGAUUGGACGGCCAGUCAUCUACGGCUUGUCGGCAAAGGGACAAAACGGGAUCAGACAAGUGAUUGAGGUGUUGAAAGAUGAGCUUGAGCAAACAAUGGCAAUGGCCGGAUGUUGCAAGGUGAAGGACAUAUCUAGAAGCCAUGUGCAGACCAAACCCUAUUGCAAAAUUUAG